AUGGAAAAGACCAAUGUUUCCAUGUUGACAGAAUUUGUCCUCGUGGGACUUUCUGCUCACCCAAAGCUCAAGAUAGUUUUCUUUGUACUAGUUUUGUGGAUGUAUCUGAUGAUCCUGCUUGGAAAUGGAGUCCUUAUCUCAGUAAUCAUUUAUGAUUCUCACCUGCACACCCCCAUGUAUUUCUUCCUCUGUAAUCUGUCCUUUCUGGACAUUUGCUAUACAAGUUCCUCUGUCCCACUAAUUCUUGACAGCUUUCUGACAGUAAGGAAAACAGUUUCCUUCUCUGGAUGUAUGAUGCAAAUGUUUCUGUCCUUUGCCAUGGGGGCCACAGAGUGCGUGCUUCUAGGGCUGAUGGCCCUUGACCGUUAUGUGGCCAUCUGCUACCCACUGAGAUACCCUGUCAUCAUGAGCAAGGGAGUCUACGUGCCCAUGGCAGCUGGAUCCUGGGUUUCUGGGCUUGCUGACUCAGUGGUGCAGACAUCUCUUGCAAUGCAAUUACCAUUCUGUACUAACAAUGUUGUUAGCCAUUUUGUCUGUGAAAUUCUGGCUAUCCUGAAACUGGCCUGUGCUGAUAUUUCAAUCAAUGUGAUCAGCAUGGCAGGGUCAAAUCUGAUUGUUCUGGUUAUUCCAUUGCUAGUAAUUUCUGUCUCUUAUAUUUUUAUUGUUGCCACCAUUGUGAGGAUCCCUUCCACUGAAGGAAAACUUAAAGCUUUCUCCACCUGCUCAGCCCACCUGACGGUGGUGAUUAUAUUCUAUGGAACCAUCUUCUUCAUGUAUGCAAAGCCCAAGUCUAAAGCCCCCAUUGGCACAGAUAAUCAAGACAUCACUGAGGCCCUUGUAUCCCUCUUCUAUGGAGUAAUGACUCCUAUGCUCAAUCCUCUCAUCUAUAGUCUACGGAACAAAGAUGUAAAGGCUGCUGUCAAGAAUAUGCUGGGUAGGAAAAGAUUUUCUGAUGGAAUAUGA